UGAAUCCGAAAGACAAUUAAACAUUCGGCAGCAGGUUCACGCCGUCGCUCUUUAAAUCGCUCCCGCACCAAAAGAAAAGAAAAACAAACAAACAAGGACUUUCACACCUGUGAGCAUUUUUUAGUUGUUUUUGUUUUAGCGGACGCGAACUUGUCAGUUCAGUUAAAAAGCUCAGGUAGUUGUUGUGCUUUGGAGCAUGGCUGACAGCGCAGCGGCUAACAGUGACGGCGAGGACGGACCCCAGCAGCCCAUGAGGGGCUUCGCCCGUCAAGGAGCCCUCCGUCAGAAGAACGUCCACGAAGUGAAGGACCACAAAUUCAUCGCGCGCUUCUUCAAGCAGCCCACCUUCUGCAGCCAUUGCACAGACUUCAUCUGGGGUUUUGGCAAGCAGGGAUUCCAAUGUCAAGUGUGCUGUUUCGUGGUGCACAAACGUUGCCAUGAGUUUGUCACAUUCUCCUGCCCAGGAGCUGAUAAAGGUCCAGCUUCAGAUGAUCCGAGGGCGAAGCACAAGUUUAAGAUCCACACCUACUCCAGUCCGACUUUCUGUGACCAUUGCGGCUCUCUGCUGUAUGGCCUCAUACACCAGGGCAUGAGAUGUGACCACUGUCUGAUGAACAUACAUAAGCGCUGUGUGGCCAAUGUGCCGAGUCUGUGCGGAACAGACCACACUGAGAGGAGAGGUCGUAUUUACAUCAGUGCUGAGAUCAAGACUAAUGUGCUCACCGUUACCAUUAAAGAGGCCAGGAAUCUUGUCCCAAUGGAUCCCAAUGGUCUUUCAGACCCGUACGUGAAGCUUAAACUGAUCCCAGACCCUCGCAGCGAAAGUAAACAGAAGACCAAGACCAUUAAGUGCUGUCUCAACCCCGUCUGGAAUGAGACCUUUAAAUUCCACCUGAAGGAGUGCGAUAAGGACCGUCGUCUUUCUGUGGAGGUCUGGGAUUGGGACCUGACCAGCCGCAAUGACUUUAUGGGAUCGCUGUCCUUUGGCAUCUCGGAGCUGCAAAAACAGGGAGUGGACGAAUGGUUUAAGAUGCUCUCCCAGGAGGAAGGCGAGUACUUCAACGUUCCUGUUCCGCCAGAGGGGGAGGAGGGCAAUGAGGAGCUAAGGCAGAAAUUUGAGAGGGCGAAGAUUGGUCCGAGUAAGAACACUGAAGGCAAAUCUGCCAAUGCCGCCCGCUUCGACUCCAAUGGCAACCAAGAUCGCAUGAAGCUGUCUGAUUUCAACUUCCUAAUGGUGCUGGGAAAGGGCAGCUUCGGCAAGGUGAUGCUUGCAGAGCGUAAAGGGACGGAAGAUCUGUACGCAAUCAAGAUCCUGAAGAAGGAUGUGGUGAUCCAGGAUGAUGACGUGGAGUGCACCAUGGUGGAGAAGAGGGUGUUAGCGCUGUCGGGAAAGCCACCCUUCUUAACACAGUUGCACUCCACAUUCCAGACAAUGGACCGCUUGUACUUUGUCAUGGAGUACAUCAAUGGUGGAGAUCUCAUGUAUCAGAUUCAGCAGGUCGGCAAGUUCAAGGAGCCGCAUGCUGUAUUCUACGCGGCAGAGAUUGCCAUCGGGUUGUUCUUCCUGCAUCAAAAGGGCAUCAUCUACAGAGACCUCAAACUGGACAAUGUGAUGCUGGACUGCGAGGGCCACAUUAAAGUAGCUGACUUUGGCAUGUGUAAAGAGAAUAUGAAUGAUGGCGUGACCACCAAGACCUUCUGUGGAACACCUGACUACAUAGCACCAGAGAUCAUAGCUUACCAGCCUUACGGGAAAUCUGUGGACUGGUGGGCCUUUGGAGUUCUGCUCUACGAAAUGCUGGCUGGACAGCCUCCCUUCGAUGGUGAGGAUGAAGAUGAGUUAUUUCAGUCCAUCAUGGAGCAACAUGUCUCCUAUCCCAAGUCAAUGUCCAAGGAGGCUGUGGCUAUCUGUAAAGGGUUGAUGACCAAGCAUCCAGCCAAGCGACUAGGCUGCGCUCCAGAGGGGGAGCGAGACAUCAGGGACCACAGCUUCUUCCGCUACAUGGAUUGGGAGAAAUUGGAGAACAAGGAGGUGCAGCCACCAUUCAAACCCAAAGCUUGUGGACGGGACGCUGAGAACUUUGACCGUUUUUUCACACGCCACCCGCCAGUGCUGACCCCUCCCGACGAGGAAGUGAUUCAGAACCUGGACCAGGACGAGUUCCAAGGAUUCUCUUUUAUCAACCCAGAGUUCCCUGGAAGCGCUCCAACUGCUCCUGCCGCAGAGCAGGCUUAAUUGAAGCUCAUUUAUGGACAUUGGGACACACACACACACACACACACACACACACAUUCACACACACGCACACAUAUGGUACAUACAUACGAGUCUCUGCAACCCUGUGCAACCUGAAACAUUCUAACUCGGAAAUACUUAAAAUCAAGUUAUGCGUUACAAACACAAAUGAACGCAUAUUUUUUGUUCACACUGCAGCAACCACUCCCUUCUGAAGGUGAAAAUUGAGGUAAUGACAAUUUACACAACAUUUAUAAUUAAAAACCGAUCUGAACUGUUUUGGCCAUUGGUCUAUCUGGACACUAAUGUUUAUGGAGCUUUUAAUCAAAACCGUUAUUAUUUCUGUGUAAACAAAACAAACAGCUGUGAAAACAAAGGAUGCACCUGAGUGAUCAGUGUACGUCACAGCCAAAACAACAAUAGCGGACAGCAGCAGUGAUGAAGCAAAUGGUACAAAGUGUGUGUAUGAAGUACACUGCUACAGUGAUUCCCUGUCCACGAGUAAUUGACACCCUCCCCAGAAAGGUUUAUAUUGCCUAUACAUAUAAAAAAUGUUUUAUCAAAACACUACUUUUGUCUAUAUGAAGUCUACUUUUGUCUGAACUCACAUCAACAUAGUUCCUUUGCACCAAAAUGGUGGAAAAGCUCUACUUUUGUCGAAAUUAAGAUCCUUCACCUACUUCAAUUUAUUGUAUUUUUCUAAAGGAAUGUAAAUUUCAAACUAUAAUGGCACACAGUAGAGACCUAAAAACAAAAAAAAAAGUGUUUACAUUUUUUUUAUAGGGGAUUAUGUAACCUAUUCACAGCAUAGUGAAAACUCCAAACAUAUCUAAUAAAGUGUGAUCUGCCCCUUAAUCCAGAUCUGCUUCAAUAUGUUACUGAACAAGAUCCUCUAAUCUAAUCCAACUAAUUCACUACAUCAAUACAUGCUUUAGCCUUUGGUGAGGUAAUAACGUACAAUAGGACUGAAUAUACAGUAUUUAGGACAAGUGACUAACAUACCUAAUGUAGGACUAGUGACAAGCUUCAAGACACAGUUAACAAGCAUGGCUGCCGUGCUGUUCUAAAAUCGGUAUAUAAAAUCGGUAUGGAUUUUUGCUGUUCGCGGUCCCUAGCACCUGCGAAUAGUGGGCUUAAAACAUCCCAUUUCUACUACUACUCGCAUUGCUUUACUGUUUGUAAAAGGCCUGCGAAAGUCUUUAAGCUAAUAUGUUGAAAGGACGGCCAGAAUCAAAGAAGAGGGGUUGGUUGUGCUGCUAUUUAAGCUUGCAACCUACAGUGUGAACAAACUUUGUGUUAAAUAAGUGAAAAGUGACAUACACAUAGAGCAAAACACACAAACACACACAUGAGUACCAAAAAAAACAUACAAAAAAAAACCAAGGCAGCAUACAGAGCGUUUUUACGUUACUUUCUUCCCAUCGCCUUCCUUGGCUCUUCCAGCACGCUCUAAGUUUGGCUUGCAAUUCUGGUGUGCUCCUUAAAGCGUCGAUAUUAAUCUUAAGCGUCCAUGUGUUUAUUCUUAUCUAUAAUUGGAAUGCUUGACCUUCUCGUGCAUGAGUGUCUAUAUCAGUACUAUAUCAAUAAGUUGAACUUGACACUGUAUUUUGCCAUCAUGCCCUCAGAGAACAGUGGAGGAUGUGUUGUGUGGCUGUUUGGGGAUCAUGAUGGUAAAAUAUGGUUUGAAUACGAUGUUAGAUAGCCAAAACUCCUCUUUGGGGACUAGCAGCUCCUUUCUUUUUGUUUGACAAAAGCAUGGCUCCAGUAUUUGUUUACAGAAUAUAUACUGUAUGUGUGUGUGAAUGGAUGAAAAUGCACUUUGCAUGCCUGACCUCCGAGUGCCACGCCUGGCUGGCCCUGCGCUUGUGUUUGUUUGUUUGGACGGCCAAAGGCUCCACCUUGCUUCAUAUGGAGCACGGUCUGACUUGUUGCUCCACAGCACAGCUGGUGGAAGAGGAGUGAAAGGAAAGCAGCUUCAAUGAAUGCUUGCACGUCAUUUUGCUGAGGUGGAAGCACCAGAGAGGGUUUGAUGUGUUGUGGCAACUUGUCGUGUUGCCUAGCGACUAAACUUCAAGUCCCGGGAUCACAAAAUGAUAAUGUUUUAGUGCGAUGUUUGCAUGUGCAAUGAAGGAGUCCUCUCAAACCGCAGCAGCACAGAAUGUAACAACAGGUCACACAAGCAAAAUAAUGUUUGUCUUUUGUGUUGUGUUUAACCUAGAUAGCAAUAAUUUGUGGAUAGAUCAUAUUUGUCACUGAACCACCAACCUCACGAGAACUGACAUUUAUUAGUCUUUUUUUUAACCCCAUCCAACUCAUUCUUACUAGAAUUACUUUCUCACAUCACACAGCACCACACUGUCCAUAUCUGCUGAUAAUUCCCUUAUUAAUGAAAUUAUCCAUCAAGGCUCUGUUUUCAUUGACAGACCUGCCCCACUGACUGGCCAUAACAUUAGACACACCUACACAAUCUAGUCUUCUCGUUUUAAACUUUCACUUUUGAUUGAUACUGUCAGAGUUAUUAAGUGAACAAUAUUUUUCUUAUUAUCCCUGUGAUUGGCUGGCGACCAGUCCACGUUGUGCCUCGCCUCUCGCCCAAAGUCAGCUGACUCCUAGAAAAUGCACGACUUUAUUUUUAUGGGUGUAUUGUAUUUGGUAUGGUAUAUCAUGUUAAGCCUCAUUUAGCUACAGUUAAGCCCUAAAUUAUUCAUACAAAUGUAAAUGUAGUAUUUUCCAACCAUCCAUUUUCUACCGCUUAUCCGGGGUCGGGUCGUGGGGGCAGUAGCUUUAGCAGGGAUGCCCAGACUUCCCUCUCCUCAGCCACUUCAUCCAGCUCUUCCGGGGGGAUCCCAAGGCGUUCCCAGGCCAGCCGAAGGACGUAGUCUCUCCAGCGUGUCCUGGGUCGUCCCCGGGGUCUCCUCCCGGUGGGACGUGCCCGGAACACCUCACCAGGGAGGCGUCCGGGAGGCAUCUGAAUCAGAUGCCCCAGCCACCUCACCUGGCUCCUCUCGAUGUGGAGGAGCAGCGACUCUACUCUGAGAUCCUCCCGGAUGACCGGGCUUCUCACUCUAUCUCUAAGGGAGAGCCCGGACACCCUGCGGAGGAAACUCAUUUCGGCCGCUUGUAUCCGGGAUCUUGUUCUUUCAGUCACAACCCACAACUCGUGACCAUAGGUGAGGGUAGGAACGUAGAUCGACCGGUAAAAUGAGAGCUUCGCCUUUCGGCUUAGCUCCUCCUUUACCACAACGGACCGAUACAAAGUCCGCUUCACUGCAGACACUGCACCGAUCCGCCUGUCGAUCUCCCGUUCCAUUCUUCCCUCACUCGUGAACAAGACCCCAAGAUACUUGAACUCCUCCACUUGGGGCAGAAUCUCAUCCCCGACCUGGAGAGGGCACGCCACCCUUUUCCGACUGAGGACCAUGGGCUCAGAUUUGUAGUAUUUUAUUUUUUUAAAUGCAAAUAUUCUGGCUAGAAAUGACACGUAAGGCAAUAGACUCGAAGACUGUUUUGAAUUGCUAUUUUCCUUGUUUUUUUAAUAUUGGACAAAAUGUUUUGCUUCCCUAAGAAAGUAAUGUAAAAAGUAUUUUUCAAAUUUAUAGUUGAUUUGAAUGCACAAGAGCAGUGUUUCUCAACUGGUGGGUAAUAAAGUGGGUCGCGGACACAUUUUGGUCAAUCGCGGACAGCUAGCAAAAAAAAAUAGCAAAAUAUUACAUCCCUUUGUACAUUUUAGGUAACUGCUACUAGUUUACGCCAGAAAAAAAUACUCAACUCACAACUUUAUUUAUAUAACACUUAGAUGCAAUUAUUUUCCCAGCUCUAAUGUACAUCCAGUUCCCAUACAGACAUCACCAACAAGCCAAAAUUAAACAAGGGUUUCCCAAACAUAGUUGGAGGCAUAGAUUGCACCCACAUUUCAAUUAAACCACCAUCACGCAAUAAAUUCAGCUACGUGAACAAGGAAGAAUUUCAUUCAAUCAAUGGACAAAUAAUCAGUCUCCAUGGGAGCUGUUGUUGAGGAUAGCUGGCUAUACAUAUAGUGACGUACGUGGCCCCAAUAAUGCUUGCACUAUGGGUAUCCUUAAUUGCUUGUCCUCCUCCAAUUAAUUAAAGUGGGCCGUGACUGCUCUUUUUUUCUGAUCCAACAGGAUUAACAGCACCAGUUAAAUUGUCCCACGUCAUUUUUUUCCUUUUGUUGAAAACACCUGCAUUAAUUGUUCCAGAGAGUUGUUGUUUUUUUUGGGGGGGAGGGUGUUUCCACUUCUCCAACAAGUUCCUCAAUGUCGAAUUUAAAGAUUUUGCUAUUCUCCGCCCUGUUUUUUCGGAGAGGGAAGUAGUCUAUCCGUGCAUUCUUUAAAGGACUUGCUACUACCAUAUAUGGUCAAUGCAAAUGAGGCUAGACAAGCGCAAGCGUGGCAGGUUAGAACUGGUAGGAUGUAUCACCACACAUUAUUUACUGGUGUGUGUGCGACAGGCGUCCGCACGUUGGAUGAAUUCAGUUUUUUUUUUUUGUACUUACAUUCUAAUUUUCUGUCCUACGGAGGAACUUAGAAUCUGUUUUAUGCACUUUUUGAUACAUGAGGCUUGUCAGAUGGAGACAGCAUUAAAAGAAAAUGCCAUUGGUGUUUUACAGCACAGUCAAUCAGACUGAUAAAACUGUUACUGUUGCAUAUCUACAUUGUUAAUGUCUUUAAAAAAUAGUCAAACUAUUGAUGUUGCACUUUCCUAAAGAGAAAAGAUAAGUGUUGAGAUUUGUAAAUUUUUAUACAUGCAGUUAUGUUCACGCUUAGUUUCUUAAUGUGCUCUGAAUUGCCCUUUGAACAUGUAAGCACAGUGCACCUAUGCUUAAAAAUGUAAAUGUUCUUGAUUGUUCUUAAAAGUAGGUUAUGACUUUGCAACAAGAGGACAACAUAUGCCAGUAUGACAACAGUUGAGAACCACUGCUUUAGAUUUUUCCAGAAUGAAUAUUGUGCUCUACAUUCUCAGGUAUGAAUGGCAAAUAUUUGUCAUUAACUUCUCCAACUCAACUUCAAUUCUUUUGCCAAUGUCUUGUAUCAUAUCCAGCGAGCUGGUAUCCAUCCUCCAAAUUUAAAAAAAGCGCUUUAACACAUGACAACUGUACAUGAGAGACUUCAAAUAGUAGAUGUACCGAAACAAGCUUGGUCAUGGUGUUAUGGCUAGUCAGUUUAAACUAACAAAAUAUUCUGUCAUAAUUUGGAUUUACUUUCUUUAAAUAUUAUUUUAAUAUAAAAUAUUGUUUUAAAUCCUUAAAAUACAUUUUGUCGCAAUAAUCCGUUUUCCCAUCCGUUAUUAUGAAUGCAUAAAUAAAUGUGGAUAUGUAAUCAGUUGAUGCAGCUAAAAAGCACCAUAGUGCACCUCCAUUGUUGUUAUUUAUUGCAGUUCUCUGUAUUACUGUAUAACAGAAAGAAACCGUAUAAGAGUUGUCAGAUGCAUAGAAAUGUGCAUCCUAUGGUCAGUAUUGUAAAGGGCAAAAAGGUGUUUUAUUAUUGUAUUAUUGAAUGACGGGAAAGCAAAAAAAAGAAGAAAAAAAAAGAUUCCUGCACGAGAAAUGGUGUUUAAUCAUUGAGCUUUUACAGUAUUUCCAUGUAACCUAUUGGGGUGCUUCAUGUUUUUGUGUCCACAGCGCUUCAAACGUGUGAUCAAACUGCUCUUCAGUGUGCAAACUGUGUGGACGGGCAAAGAAAAGGCUUUUUACAAUAUCCUUGUGCCAAAUUUCUUUGAUUUUUCAACACAAGGCUUACAAUAAAAACUAGCGUUAGAUGUGUUGUGUGAUGUGGUUGUCGUGUGCUUUCAUAGUGGUCUGCAGCAUUUAUGCUUCUUCUCUAUCUGUAUUUACUGAACUGGUGCAACAUGCAGUGGAGUAGCGAGAUUAGAGUGAUGGAGGCUGACAGAUGGGGAGUAGACUGGAGAGAGGAAGGAAAAGAGACGAAGAAGAAGAAGUAGCGGAGAGGAGGAAUGCAACAAUGGAGGAGGGCACGGAGAGGGAGGGUGGCGAUGGAGCGGCAAACCAAGCGAGGCGGGCGGCCACGACAGGCUGUGCAUAUU